UGAAAAUUACAUGCAAGUAUUAAAAAAUUAUAUCAAAAGUUUUACGAAUAAGCAUUGAUAAAAUUAUUUUAUUUUAUAAAUAAAAAAAAAAGAAAGUAAAAUUAGUGUUCACAAGGACCCCCUCAUUUUUUUUAAAGGUUACUAAUCACGUGUGAUUUUAAAGUGAUUAGACCAAAAUAAUGUGGACAACUACCUUGUCCAAAUCUCCUAAACCAGAGGGCGAAAUAAAUAUGUUGAUCUAGAGAGAGAGAGAGGGAGGGAGGGAGGAGAUCGAUGGCGAUCCUUUAUGCGUUGGUGGGUCGGGGAUCGGUGGUGCUGGCGGAGCACAGCGCGGCGUCGACGAACGCGAGCACCAUCGCGAGGCAGAUUCUGGAGAAGAUCCCCGGCAACGGCGACGCCAACUCGUCCUACUCUCAGGAUCGCUUCAUUUUCCACGUCAAGCGCACCGAUGGCCUCACCGUCCUCUGUAUGGCCGACGAUGUCGCCGGAAGGAGAAUCCCGUUUGCGUUCCUUGAGGAGAUUCAUCAAAGAUUUGUGAGAACCUAUGGAAGAGCUGUGCUCUCUGCACAAGCCUAUGCCAUGAAUGAUGAUUUCUCAAGAGUCCUUAGCCAACAAAUGGAAUAUUACUCAAACGAUCCAAAUGCUGACAGAAUAAACAGGUUAAAAGGUGAAAUGAGUCAGGUGCGGAACGUCAUGAUUGAGAACAUCGACAAAGUUCUUGAGAGAGGGGAUCGUUUGGAAUUGCUGGUUGAUAAAACUGCUAAUAUGCAAGGAAACACCAUUCGCUUCAGGAAGCAGGCGCGGCGUUUUAAGAAUGCUGUGUGGUGGAGAAAUGUCAAACUCAUAGUUGCGGUGAUAUUCUUCCUGUUGGUGAUAGCUUACAUCGUUUUGGCAUUUGUAUGUCAUGGCCCUGCGCUUCCAUCGUGUAUAAAGUGAGAAUGGUCAAAUUGGCCGUUCCUCGUCUUCUCCAUCCUCAGGUUUCCAUGUGGUUCUCGGUUUAUUUCAUGUCAUUGCUCUCCGGUCUUUCUCUCUCACACUAACGUAGAGUGAAUCGGAGCGUGACUGGGCCCACGACUGCCCAAAUGAAUGGCAUUUCUCUAUGAAUGGUUUCAUCUCGAGUGAAGUAUUUUUUUUUCCUGCUUUUUUUAUGACACCAGGGCUGACAAAGUACAUGAGGUUUUGUGUCCGUGUGAUUAUUAUAUUCAAAAUGAAAAAUCUAAGAUUUGUAAUUUUCUAUUUCUCUAAAUUGGCUUAUUAUAAAUCAUUAAAUGAGUGCAAUUAAAGGGUUACCGUUUGA